ACAACCUCAGGCAGUCUCUUUUAGACACAUCUUUUUUUGCUUCUAUUGGUUUUUCAUCUUCAGCAGAAACAAUGUCUUAUUGCUGAGUCUCUCUAUAUUUAUACCCAUAGGCCUCAUUUUCUGAUCUCUUACUCCCUACACUUUCUGUUCACUCACCACCCUCCCUUUCCCACCAUUUCUUGCUCCAUAGAAUAACCAAUCUUGCGGCAUAAUGGCUACUCCAUCUCAGAAUCUCAACCAGGAUGAUAGCUUCAAUACAAUUGAAACGAUGAUCGAUUUUCUAUUAUCAACAGAAACCCCCCUUCUGGUUUCAACUGAUGGUGCCACCAUCACUCUCGCACCCUCUUCUACAGAUGCUGCUGCCGAUUCUACUCCAACUUCUUCCACCCUCUCUUCCUCAACUGCUUCCACCUCUCCUCAAACCGUCACUUGGACUACAAACAAACCUUCUACAGUAUUGUUCUUCAUCGCCAUAGCUAUUGGUGUAAUAAUUGCUUUAUUGUUUAUUUUCUUCACCACAAGGUACUUGUUGAGAACUAGAGUGGCCAUCUAUUUGGCAAAUUCAAACAAUCCCGAUAUUCAGGAAAUUUCCCCGAUUUUGUUGUCUGAUUAUGGCUCUUUAGCCAACGUUUCUAGAAGAUCCAGGUCCAGACGAAGAAGAAGACGAGGAAGAAGGGGAAGAAGAAGAAACAGAAAUAAUAACAAUACCGAUAGCGAGGACGAUAACGAGGAUAAUAACAAUCAUCCAAAUAAUGGAAACGCCAACGACAAUAACAACAAUGAUAAUCUAUCUGAAGUUCCACCCCCAAGAAUAAUGGGCUUUUUCCACCAUAAUCGUGGUCGAAAUUAUAACUUUAUGGCCUACCAGUUGAAUAUUUUAAAUGAAAAUUCUCAUAAUAAUAUCAACAUUAAUAACAACUAUCUUUCAACAAACACCAAUAGAAGAAGAACUUAUCGCUACCUAAAGAGAAGAAAAUUAUCUAAAGAUGAGGUGGAAUAUUUAUUCCCCAAGAGAUCCUAUAUAGACUGGCUAAAUGGUGGAGCUGAAAAGGACGCUUUAGAAAGAAACAUUCAUGAUGAAAUUAAAUACAAUGACAUUGAAGAAAAACUUGAAAAUAGUGAUGAAAACAAUGAUGAACACAAUGAUGAAAAUACUAAUACUACUACUACUAAUAAUAAUACUAAUACUAAUAAUACUAAUAUUAAUACUACCAAUAAUAAUGAAAAAAUUAAACCGACUGGAAACUCAUUAGAUCUAGAUGAAUCAAGAACUAUCACUGACUCUCGCUCCCCAGUAAUCAAUGACUUAGAUUCAAUAAAUGAUAUAACAAAUCAAUCCAACUCAAUCCAUAGAACCUUAUCUUCAAAUACAAUCCACAACACCACUCUCACUUCAAAUACCAUCAACAAUAAUUUCAUUUCAAACCCCAACCCCCAAUCUCACUCCCACUCUCGUUCAAACUCAAAUUCAAAUACACAACCAGGCUCCCAUCCUAAUAACGAUAAUUCAUCAAUCAUUAAUGAAAAAAUAGAAUCUGAUAUCACUGAUAUUAACCCUUACUUGAACCAAAAUACUCCUCAUUAUACCUCGGGUCUUUGUGCUAUUUGCAUUGAACAAUUUGAUGAUAAUGACACUGUUCGUGGCUUGAUUUGUGGCCAUGUCUUCCACUCAGAGUGUAUAGAUCCCUGGUUAAUAACAAGAAAGGCUUCAUGUCCAACUUGUAAAAGAGACUAUUUCAUCAAAAACUCGAAUUUGAACUCCAAUUCUCACCAUUCAAAUAGAAGAAAUAGAAGAAACAGAAGAAACAAUAACAAUAACAAUAACAAUAGCAAUAGCAAUAAUAACAACAACAACAACAAUACCGAAAAUAACCAAAGCCAUGAAAACACAAACAAUAAUAAUACUUCAUCGCCUGCUGUGCCUCAUCUCGAAUUAUUAGCCCAAGAAGAAAUCGACGCUUUACGUCGUGAAGAAGAAGAAUAUAUCCAAAACUUAAGGAACCAGCAUCUUAAUGAUAACAACAUCUACAACGAAUAUUUCAAUAGAUUUAGACCCUUAGAUCACAGAUCUAACGAGAUCUUAAUGGCGAAUCCUGAGUUUGAGCAAAUUGCUAUUGAUAGAGUUAAUUCAACUUUUUACACUUGGAAAUAUUGGAUUUUAUGGCAAAUACUUGGUGUCAAAAAGAGAGAUUUGAUUAACUGUGCUAUUAUUUGCCAACAUGAUCGUUUAAAUGCAGAAAACAACCUUAAUAACAAUAAUACGAAUAAUGAUAAUUCAAGUUCCAAUAAUAAUGGAAAUGCCAACUCGUCUAACUCUCAAUCUCAUCCAAAUACAAAUCCACCUACUUCUGUAGAAAAUAUGGUAUAGCAUAUAUUUCCCAUUUACUAUAGCUCUUAUUUUGUUUAUUUUUUUGUUCGUUUUUACUAUAUUUAUUUAAUUCCUUUUUAUUUGUCAUAAUUCUCAUAAAUUUCUCUCCUUUCUAUCUUUCCUGGUUUCACUGGCUUUUAAUUUAUUUAUUUUUUUUUUCUUAAUUUUCAGAACUUAAUAUUGAUUAUCCUUACUAUUCCUCUAUUGUUAUGCUGUUUUCUUAGUUUUGAUGAUUUUAUUGGGCUGAUAACGUCUAUUAACCUAAUUUUUAUUAUAUGUUUUUUUAAUGCAGUUGAUUUUAAUAUUUUCGUAUUUAUAUCAACAGAUUAUUUUUAAAUCCUUAUCACUCAUUAAUUUG